GUUCGGAGGUUCGAUCAAGUAGGCAGCGUGUUAAUUGGUGGCUAUCACCCGAUCGUUUGAUCAACUAGAGGAGUGUCUAUAACAUGACGUACAAUGGCGGACAACUGUUUUUGUUGUUUGUGAAACAAAGAUUGCAAGCUGACCAUCCAGAAAUGGUCAGUCAGAUAACUUUACUGAGCGAUUUCAAAGAACCUGAAAAUGAGGAAUUCAAAUGUGCUUACAAAGACCUUCAGAGAGAAACUUCUCACUUUCUGAAAUCAAAGCAGAGGCAAAUGACUAAAGAUGAGGCUAUGGCACAUAGCCUUGACAUUAGGGAGCAGGAUUUCAAAUCGAUCGUCGAACAAGUUCUAGCAGCAUCUCCAGAAAAUCUAGUUAACUGCAUCGUCGUGGUUUUCUUCUUCAUGUAUGAUUUUAUAAUGAGAAUGUACACUAAAGGUGUGGCCAAUAUGGGGGAGGUGCUGGGAUGGUCACAAAAGACAGUUGUUGAAGAGGUUGACCCAAAGGUUACUCAGGCCGGUGGAUGGGUAACAGUUUUUAAGCAAAACCAAGGACAAGGCUGUUGCAUAUUGCUGUAGAGUAGAAAGACGACAACUGUAUAGCUUUUUCAGAAGUGUCGCUGAGUUAGCCAUAGUUGUUUUAUUUACAAAUAUUGCCAAAUGUUUUAUUAGAUUUUAAAACUA